AUGCAAAAAUAAAAUAUUAUUACAGAAGGACUUGCAUAAAUUUAAAAAUCAUACACUGUAGUUGAAAACGGAAAAACAUUUCAAUCUGAAGUUUUUUAUAAUCCUGUAUAAAUAUUUAACAGGGAUUUAACAAUAUUAGUAAUUAAAUUAUUUACUAACUACCUUAAAGAAUAAUAUAAAGAAAAAUUUAUAGGAGUAAAUAUAUUAGAUGCUUUAUCGGCAAGUGGAUUAAGAGCAAUUAGAUAUUUAAAAGAACUUUAAGAUGUUCAAAAAGUUACAGCAAAUGAUAUUUCAGAAGCUUCUCAUAGACUUAUGAUGGAUAAUUUUUUAUUAAAUAAUUUAGAUUUAAAAAAAAUUGAAAUGACUAAAUAAGAUGCAUUAGAAUUAAUGUAUAUUAAAAGAUUUACAACUUAGAACUAUGAUGAUAGAUUUCAUGUAAUCGACAUUGACCCUUAUGGAACUGCUGCUCCAUUUAUUGAUGCGGCUAUAUAAGCUUCAUUAGAUGACACAUUAUUAUGUGUAACUUCUACUGAUUCAAGAAUAUUAUGUGGACCUGAUACUUAAAAAUGUUAUUAUUUAUAUGGGUCUUCAAGGGCUAAAGUUACUGCUUAUUAAGAAAAUGCUAUAAGAAUAUUACUUUAUACAAUUAAUAAUGUCGCAAAUAAAUAUGGAAAAAGUAUAAGGCCCUUAAUUUGUUAUUUAACUGAAUUUUAUGUAAGAGUAUUUCUUUUGGUAAAAACCAGUAAAUAAGAAUGUGGAAAAUCCCUUCUUAAGCAUGGUUAUGCGUAUUAUUGUGAAUUAUGUAGCAAUUAUUCAUAUUAAACUUUUGGAAAAUAAUAAACGAAAAAUGAAAAUAAAUGUGUUCCUGCAAAAGUAUAAAUUGAAUAAAAUGUUUGCGAUUAAUGUGGAGAAUAAUUUAUUAUAAAUGGACCUAUUUGGCUUGAUUAAUUAAAUGAUUAUGAUUUUGUAAAAAAAGCUAGUAGUUUUCUAGAAUAAGAUGAAGAAGGUUUGAAUUUGGCAACUAAGAAAAAAAUAUAAGGAAUGCUUUAUGGAAUAGAAUAGGAAUUUGAAAAAUAAGUGCAUAAAAUUCCUUUAGGAUUUCAUAUGGAACAUAUAUCUAAACUUAUGAAAUGUCCAGUUCCAAAUAAAAAGGCAAUUUUUUCUGCAUUAUAAAGCCUUGGAUAUUAAAUUGAAUAAUCAUAUAUAAAUCAUUAAAUUUUUAAAACAAAUGCUACUUCAUAAGUUUUUUUUGAUAUUAUUAGAAGUUGGGUAAUUCAUAAUUAUAAUUUUUUGGUUUUAUUUUUAAAAAAAGAAAUUAAUUUAAAUUAAAAAAAAAAGAAAAAAAGUAAAUAAACAAAUGAAGAAGAAUAUUUUAGGCAUUUUGAAAAAGAAUAGCCAAAUUAUAAAUUGAUAAUUAAAACGACAAAUUGCAAUCCUAAUUUUAAUAUUAAUAUAUAAUUUAAUAAUAAAUUUACUAAAUGGCCUUAAAAUCCGAAAAAUUGGGGACCGGGGAAAAAAGCAGUAGUUAAAAAAGCUUUAGAUUAAAACGAUUAAAAUAUUUAAGAAGAAAAUAUACAUUUAAUGAAUAAAUGA